CCCAUGAUGCAUUUCGAGGGGGGCGUCGUCGUCGGCUCAUGGCCGCACGCUGAAUAGCGAGCAUGAACUGAACUGUACAUAACUCAAUAAUAUUCCAGUUCUGGUACCAGGUUCCCCCGUCGUGUCGCUCGGUCCAGUCGGACGUCAUGGCCCCGGAGGAGGACGACGCGCUGCUGGUUCUGAUCUACCAGCACCUGAAGGUGAGCGGCUACAAGAAGGCUGCGAAGAUGCUGGAAAAACACGUUUCUCAGGUGGAGACACCAGACGAGCGAUCCAACCUGCACGACAUCUACACAGGCUGGAUGAAGCUGUGCUCUCUCGCUCAACAUGCCAAGGAGGAGACGGAAGACGCCACUUCUUUGAAGAAGGAGAACAUCAAACCAGAACCUGCCACCAGCGGAGAAGAAGAAGAAAAAGAAGAAGAGGGUGCAGACAUCAAACUCUCAAACACCACAGAAGAAAACAACGUGGAUGCCAAACCUCCAGCUGCUGCAGAGUCUGUGACGGAUGCUGAGGCCGUCUCUGAGCAGCUGCAGCAGCCGGCAGGUGAAGCAACAACAAACUCAGUCGGCGAGAACGCCGACGCCUCUGACAGAGAGGAGGAGCAGAAAGAGGAGGAGUCGGCUCCUGCUGAAGCGUCCGGUGAAGCAGAAGGAAGCAGCUCCGACUCUGAUGAGGUGGUUGAACCCACCGCCGACACCUCCGGCGGGGUCGAGGAUCAGCUCCCGGCUCCAGAACCAGCCGGUGUAGACGGCGAGAGCAGCAAGGAGCCUGAAGAGGACGAGGAUGAGCUGAAACAGGAGACAGAAGAGACACCAGAAGCCUCCGAGGUCACAACAGAUGAAGCGUCGCCGUCCGAACCGGCAGCUGUCAGUCAAACGGAGGCCACACCUUCCUCCACUCAGGAGGCAGAGGAUGAGGAAGACGGCGCUGCAGAGAAGCUCAGCCUGGACGAGCCGACCGCGUCAGACCCGACGGCUCAGGAGACCAAUGACCAGCCGGCAGAGAGCGAAGCCCCGCCCCCCGCAGAAGAGACGACCGCGGCAGCAGCAGCCGAGCGAGUCGACCCCGAGUUCUCCAUCAUCCUCAACAUCGUAGACGAGGAAGCAGCCGAGCGAGAAACCGGCCAACUGCUCCCUGAGGAGGAGGAGGAGGAGGAGGAGGAGGAGGAGGAGGCGUCCUGCCAACCUGCCGAGACUCCCAAGAAGAAGAAAAAGAAGAGCAAGAAGGAUGAAGAGACACCGAGCACAGACGCAUCCAGCGAUACUCCUCUCUCCACCAAGUCUGCCAAGAAGAUGAAGAAAAAGAGAGCAGAGGAGGUGGAGAAGGAAGAGGAGGAUCAGAAGAAAGAGGAGGAGAAGCAGAAGGAGGAGGAGGAGGAAGUGUCUCCAGCCACUUCGCCAGAGAAGAAGAAGAAGGCAAAGAAAAGGAAAAGGGAGAAAGAUCUAGUGGAGGAGAAAGGUGAGGAAACACCUGACACUCCUUCUGAAAAUGAAACUAAAAAGAUUAAGGUGAAAGACGUGGAGGAGGAGCAGAACGAGGCGGUGGAGGAAGAGGAGGAGGAGGAGGAGGAGGCGAAGGUGGAGACAACAGAGGAGAAAAAGAAGAAGAAAAAGAGGAAAAAGGAGAAAAAGGAGGUGCAGUCUGAUGAAAAACCAGCAGGGGGAGAUGAUGACCUGGAAAAGACGCUGGAGAUCACAGACGGAGACGCUUCUCUGGCCACGAAGAAGAAACGCUUCAGGAAGAAGCUCAGCAAGAGGAAGAGGCUGCGGCUGCAGAUCCAAGAGAGGAUGACGAUGAAGAAGAAGAAGAGCGGCGUCUCGUCAGGGGAGACCGCAGCAGAGAGCAAGAAACUCAAAGGCAAAAAGAAACAAAAAAAGAGCCCGGAGGCUGCGGAGGAGGAGACGCCGCGACCAAAACCAACCAAAAGACCUCAGCCUGAUCCUGCCCAGGAGGACGACGCGCCAAAGAAGAAGAAGAAGAAGAUCGCGAACACAGAACAGGAAGAGAACUCCUCAAAGGAAAACCAGCCGCCAAAGACAAAGAAGGAGAAGAAGAAGAAGAGGAAGACGUCGGUGACGGAGGAGGAUCACAGCGAGCGGAGCGCCGAGCUUCCCGAUGCUGAGUCGUCUCCAGUUUCACAGGAAGGGAAGAAGAAGAAGAGGAAGAAGAUGAAGGUUGAAGCAGAAGAAGAGACGACAGAAAGCUCAACUCCCAUCGCUGUGAGCGCCGACGCACCUGCAAAGAAGAAAAAGAAAAACAGAUUAAAGGAGAAACUGGAGGAAGCUGCGGCGGACGAACACACUCCUGCAGCGACGCCCUCGAAAAAGAAAGCCAAAAAGACGAUCCCCUCCGAUUAAAUCUGGGCAUCGGAGGAGAAACGAUCGCACUCCUGGACCUGAACGCCCCGAAAACAAGAAGACAAUCUGCGUCGUGUUUGUGCCUUUUACUCGUGAAUUCUGUCUGUGUCUAAAGAGGAGACAUCCUUUUUUUCUUUUAUUAUUUCUGAGGGAACAUCAGUGUUUUCAGUCACCUUUCACUGUCUUUUUGCUCUAAAACUGUGAAAACAAUUAAUCUCACACACGCCUGCAGUUUUGUUCUUCAUUAGAAAUUAAAAUCCUCUCGUCUGAUUUGCAGGAAUAAUGAUCUUGUUCGAGCUCUUUGGUGAAACUAUGCAAUGGAGAAACUUCCCCGCUUAUUGGCGUCGCUGCGCCUCCUUCUCAUAAACAUAUUUCUUUCUUUCUUUCUUUCUUUCUUUCUUUCUUUCUUUCUUUCUUUCUUUCUUUCUUUCUUUCUUUUACCUUGAGACAAAUCAGCGGGGUCACUGUGCAGAAGUUAUAGAAUAACGUCUCCAAACAUUUUCCCGGUUCUGAAACCGUCUCAUGAAUUAAGUUUGAAGUCUUCUAGUGAAACCUGGUUUUCAUGGCAGAGAUAAAGAGAUCGAGGAGUCUCAGCCUGAAGGGAAGAAACUGUUUUGUCCAAAGAAUCAACAAGAAGAAAGUUUCUCGCAGCUCGAAUCUGUUAGUUGAUUAUCAGAAUAGUUUGCAGUCGGUUCUAACUUUGAGUUGACGUCUUGUUUUAGAUCUACUCUUGAAUCUGACCAGAAAAAUGAUGCCAAAUUUUGACACAUUUUGAUACUUUGAGCAAAGUAUUAAGUCCUGAGGUUCGAUCUGCAGUGAUGGUUCUUACUGCAUAAAAUCUGCAUUUCCUGUCAUCUUUUCUAUAAACACCCAUUUUUUCUUCUUCUCUGAAUGUCUGACUGCAGUACGAGGUGUCACCAGGUGUCACCAGGUGUUUACCAGGUGUUACCAGGUGUCUGUUGUUGCAGGAUUAACCGUGUCGAUGACUCCAUAUAUUAAACUUUUACUCAGAAACGUGCUUUAAGGGAACAAAGCUGUGAAAGUGAAAACAUGUUCCAGUGAUGAAUUCUGAGGUUUCUUUUCUGUCGGUUCUUCUAUUUUCAUGGUUAAAAAAAUAUUCUGUGUUUGAGAGAAAAGAAAAAAAAAAAGAUGUAGUUUAGUUUUGUUUGUAGGAAGUCGUCACACUUGUUCUUCUGUCGGUCAUGAAGCUGUGAAGUUCUGUUUUUACUUGGAAAAGGUUUUUUGUUUACUGAAUUUUGUUGUUUACAGUUUUUUUUUUCCUUCAUAGUCCCGUGAGCUGAUAACUAUGCAUCUGAUUAACUUGUUGCUGGAGGGGAAAUGAACACGUGUCGGGGUUUAUUGUUGCCGUUUCCUGAGAAGCGAAACAUGACGUGUGAGAGACAAUAAAACUCUGUAACAGAUUUAAAUUUGCA